UUCGUUAGCUUCCGUUAAGGGCCACACUCGACUAAACUAAAAUAAAAAUAACAGUUUGUGACUCAGAAUAAAGGCUGCACAAUAAUUCCACAGCCCUAAUUCUUCAUCUGCCAGACUGUAAUGUUGAUGUAAAAGCGGGACAACUUAACCGGAGUUCGAAUCGAGCACAAAUUGGGAGCAGCUGCGGAAUACAGACACAAAGGCGUGUGCGAGUGUGUGACUCGUGUGUACUUGUGUGGGAGCCGCGGAAACCACAAAAACAACAUCCAUCGAGAUGGUGGGCAUUAUCGAUGAGGCGCAGCUGUUUUAUCCGCUGGGAACCCGCAUCAAGAUAGCCGACAACUACGGCACAGUACGCUAUGUGGGAGAGGUGAGCGGCCACAUGGGCACCUGGCUGGGCAUCGAGUGGGACGACGGGCUGCGGGGCAAGCACAACGGCAUUGUGGACGGCAAGCGCUACUUCCAGACGCAGACGCCCACGGCGGGCAGCUUCAUUCGGCCGGGCAAGGUGGGUCCGUGCGCCACCCUGGAGGACGCUGCCCGGGAGCGGUACCUGAACUACGACUCGAGCAACGUGGACGAAUCCCUCAUUCGGGAGGCCCAGGCCAGCCUGCAGGCGUCGCUCUUCGAGGUCGUGGGCAUGGACAAGAUCGCCCGCAAGCAGAGCAAGUUCGAGCAGCUAGAGGAGGUGAGCGUCGACCAAACGCCGGUGAAUGCUGCUGGGUACCUGAAGGAGCUGACACAGCUGACAACGCUGAACGUGAGCCACACCUUGAUCUGGAACUGGGAGAUCGUGGCCAGCAUCGCGCAGCAGCUGCCCUCCCUUACAGUUCUGAACUUGAGCUCCAACCGACUGGUCCUGCCCACGACAUCCCAAAUCGCGGAUCUGGAGCCCUCCUUCCGGCAGCUCAAACGCAUCAACUUGCGCAGUUGCGGCUUCUCUGACUGGAGGGAUGUGAUGCAGACGGCACUUCUCUGGCCAGAUAUUUUGUCUCUGGGCCUGCAGGAGAACUCUUUCGUUCAGCUGGCCGAGGUCGAUCGGAAAAAGAUCUUCAGGCAGCUGCAGGAGCUCGACUUGCAUCGCACGAAUAUCAUGGACUUUGACCAGGUGGCCAAGUUGGGCAACCUGUCGACAUUGCGUUUGUUGAAUCUCAUGGAGAACGGCAUCGAGGAGAUAAAGCUUCCCGACUGCGAUCCGCAAGAAAAACUUAAUAUGUUUGUCUCGCUGGAGCAGUUGAACCUUCUUCACAAUCCCAUUUGGAAUGAGGCUGAUGCGUUCAACGAGUUGGACAAGCUGCCGCAGCUGAAACGUCUGAGUAUGACGCCGCACUUAAAGUCAAAUUUUGAUGAAAUGGCCUCCAAGGCCGUGGCUAGCAUAGCCGGCCUACACUUCAUCAAUAGAACCGAGGUGACAGCGGAGGAGAGACGUGGUGCCGAGUACGAUAUUUGGAAGAAAUACGCCCUGGAUUGGAUGCAGGCGACGCAUCAAGGAUCGGAUUCCUUACGUGAGUUCUGUCGACGUCAUCGCACCUAUCCAUUGCUGGUUAAAAAGUAUGGCUCCCCGGCAGACUUUGUACCGCGCAUCCAAGCAAAGCAAUCGAAUUUAAUUAAUGUUUGCAUACGGCAUCAGCUGACGGGCGAGACCUGGGAGAAGAAAGUUCCACGAAUGAUUACUGUGCAGACUCUGCAGGGACUGGUCAUGAAGCGAUUUCGGCUAGCCGGUAACGUUCCCCAGCUGUCCUACAUUGAUGCAAAGCAUCCGGACUUGGUUGUUCCGCUGGACAACAAUGCUAAAACGCUGGACUUCUAUUCUGUGCAAGAGCACGACACUGUUUUGGUUCAAUAGCGUCCCGCGUUCAAACCCAUUUCCGUAUUUGUAUGUGGUAUUUUAAUUUUAGGCAACUGGAAAUCAAAAAUUGUUUGUUCAAUUUAACUUGGUCCCCAUCCACGCAUUAAAUUGCUAAUGUUAUCUCUAGGUACUGAUAAGUUGAAAUUUUCACUAAGCAAUUAUACACGCAUAUUUAUUUUUAUUUUGCUUUUCAAAAAAGAAAAUAUGUUAUUUAACCAAAGAA